AUGAUAUAUGAGGGUAUGAAAUUCAUACAAUUUGAAUCAUGGGAAAGAAAAGAAAAUCUACAAAGUAUAAAGCCUUCAUACGAUGACUUCAUGUGCUGCGUCAACGCUUAUCAGCAUCAUUGUUGUGGGAAAUUGAAAAUAAUUUUGACUUCAACUUCUCCACGUUUUAAUCUUCACCUCAUCCGCAAUCAUUUGGAAACAGAACAUGGCUCUGUGACUUGUACACAAACAUGCUUAACGACUGCUUCUUGUGGGUUAAUGAAACGACUUCAAGCGCCAUUAACAUCUGUUGCUAAUGGUUUUUUGUUCUUCAAGCGAGCUUAA